AUGCCUCCCGCCGACGUGGUUGAUGAUCAUGACGUCGCUAUCGACGAUCAGGAUGAUGCCGACAUGGAGCAGCGGCUCAUCAAUGAGGAAUACAAGACUUGGAAGAAGAACAGUCCGUUUCUCUAUGACAUGAUCCUGAGCACGGCCUUGGAGUGGCCGACCCUGACUACACAGUGGUUUCCCGAUGUCAAGGACGUAAAAGAGAAGAACUACAGGGUCCACAGGCUACUUAUUGGCACGCACACUGCAGAGGGCAAGCCGAAUUACCUCCAGAUCGCCGAGGUCGAGAUUCCGAAAUCGGUCGACCCCAACCCGCGCGAUUAUGACGACGAGCGUGGUGAGAUUGGUGGUUAUGGGGGCAAGGCGUCAUCAGGCGAGCCGCCUGUCAUCAAGUUCAACAUUGUCCAGAAGAUUGAUCACCCUGGCGAGGUCAACAAGGCACGCUAUCAGCCCCAGAACCCUGAUAUUAUCGCAACGCUUGCCGUCGAUGGCAAGGUCCUGAUCUACGACCGCACCAAGCACAGUCUGCAGCCCACUGGUACCCCCAAUCCUCAGAUCGAGUUGGUCGGCCAUAAGGAGGAAGGCUUUGGUCUGAACUGGAACCCGCAUGUGGCUGGUUGUCUCGCAUCUGGUAGUGAGGAUAGGACGGUGCUACUUUGGGAUCUCAACACAGCGCAAGGCAAGACUCUGAAACCGUCACGCCGGUAUACACACCACACCCAUAUCGUCAAUGACGUUCAGUACCAUCCCAUGGUCCCGCACUGGAUUGGCACCGUCUCCGACGAUCUGACACUUCAAAUCCUGGACGUUCGGAGUGCCGAGACGACGAGGGCUGCUGUUAUUGCUCGUGACGGCCACAGCGACGCCAUCAAUGCCCUUGCUUUCAACCCGCGCUCCGAGUUCCUCAUCGCCACCGCCUCGGCCGAUAAAACGAUCGGUAUCUGGGAUAUUCGCAACCUCAGGCAGAAGAUCCACACGCUCGAGGGCCAUAACGAUGCCGUGACCUCGCUGGCAUGGCACCCCGUCGAGACCAGCAUUCUAGGCAGCGGCAGCUACGACAGGCGCGUCAUAUUCUGGGACAUCAGCCGCGCGGGCGAGGAACAGCUCCCAGAGGAUGCCGAAGAUGGCCCGCCGGAGCUCCUCUUUAUGCACGGUGGCCAUACCAACCAUCUGGCUGACUUCAGCUGGAACCUAAACGAUCCCUGGCUCGUGUGCAGCGCCGCUGAAGACAACCUGCUCCAGAUCUGGAAGGUGGCUGAUUCUAUCAUCAGCCAGGACGACGUUGAGAUGCCAAUGAACGAACUGGACGCGUCCAAUUAG